AUGGCGGCGCGGACUCGCCCCGCCCGGGUUCAGGCUGCUCCCUUCGACGCCGGGGCGCGCGAACGGGUACGCCGAUCUGCCGUUGCACCCGUUGCAGUGGCUAUUGCCAGAGAGGUGUGGCGAACGUUUUAUGGCGGCAUGUGGGCCUACGUCACUAUCCCUGUCGUUGCAGCAGUCGUUGGCUAUGGCACCAAUUGGGUGGGAGUCAAGAUGAUCUUUUAUCCGAUUGAGUUCCUGGGUGUCAACAUAAAGAGGUGGCCGGAAACACCACUGGGUUUCAUGGGAUGGCAGGGCAUCGUGCCCUGCAAGACCAACAAGAUGAGCAGGCGGUUAGUGGACAUCAUCACAGAGAAGCUGCUGAGCUUGAAGGAGGCGUUCGGGCGCCUGGACGCAGCGAAGCUCGCGGAACUUUUAGAGCCGUCUGUAGCGCAGUGUAUCGAGCAGGAUGCUGCCUGGGGAGAGAUCUGGAUCUCCCUUACCCGGCCGCAGCUGCGGACGGUGUUGAUUGAACUUGUGAAAGAGAUGCAGCGGGACAUAGAGUCUCUCUUAGAUCUGAAGCAGGUUGUCUCCAGCGCCUUUCUUCGUGACAAGGUGCUUCUUGGCGAGCUGUUCCAGAAAGCGGGUCGGAAGGAGUUGGAGUUCUUGGUAAACUCCGGCCUCUCCUUCGGCUUCUUCUUAGGCAUCCUCCAGAUGAUCCUGUGGAUCUGUUUUCCCAACAACUGGGUACUGCCGGUAGGUGGAGCUCUCGUCGGCUACAUCACGAACUGGGUGGCGAUCAAGCUCAUCUUUGAUCCUGUUGAGCCAACGAAGGUGGGGCCGUUCGUCUUCCAAGGCCUUUUCGAGAAGCGUCAGGUGGAGGUUUCAGAGGAGUUCUCUGAAUUCCUGGCGGCGCGCGUUCUUACCUCCAAACGGCUGAUUGGCGAAAUAGCAAAUGGGAGGAACAAGGAAAAGUUUCAGGCGCUGGUGCGAAAAUCGGUACCAGCGAUUGUGCCGGAUCAUGUCGUAGCUGCAGCUGCCGGAGCUUUGAAGAAGGUAGCACUGGAGCCUGCGACGCAUCCGGUACACACCUACGUGGAUAGCACCCUGCAGCUGCAAGACACGCUCUUCAAGCGUCUCUGCAUGCUAAGCGCACCCGAGUUCGAGAAUCUCUUGCAUCCGGUGUUCCAAGAGGACGAGCUCACCCUCAUCGUCGCCGGUGGCGUCUUGGGUGCGGCGGCGGGUUUCCUUCAGAUGACUCUCGGGUGGGGCGGCCCAUCUGCAGAGGGAGCCGUGGCCGUGGCAUUGCGCCUCACCGCCGGAGCAGGCGCUGGGGCAGCGGCUACGAAGGCUGCCUUUCUGCUGCCUCCGGCACUACUCCGACACACGGCAAGGUCGCUGCAAAACGCAGUGAGGCGGACUGCCAGUGCCCUGAGUGGGUGGCGGUGGAGAAGAAGGCGCUGUGGGCCUGCAGCAAGCGGCUCAUCUGUGUGA